CCAUUUGACGCAAUCAAUAUUUAAACAUAUAAAGAGUGGAUCUGUGACACAAAUUCAAAUUGUGAAAUAAAUCUACUUAAAUCAAGGACUUUUUAAGCUGAAGAGGUGGUAUGAAAAGAAGAUGGCAUAUUCACUGAAUAAGGUCAUUUUUACAGUUAUUCUUGUUUUGGAGCUGUUAUGGCAGGCCCAAUCUGAGCAACUUGCUACAUGUUCAGUUAUACAGGGGCCACCUGGAAGAGAUGGGAAAGAUGGUGAAAGUGGAAUGAAAGGGGAUCUAGGCCCAGCAGGAGAAAUUGGACCACCGGGUUUGAAGGGACCUGCAGGACCACCUGGAAAAGCAGGGCCUCCAGGUCAAAAAGGAAAUCAAGGGGAGAGAGGAAAUGAUGGUGUAUCAGGUCAGCAAGGACCAAAAGGAGAAAAGGGCUCACUUGGUACUCCUAGCACUCCUGGAAACCCAGGUCCUAAGGGAGCUACUGGAUCAACAGGACCUCCUGGAAUCCCAGGUCCCAUGGGAACUACUGGUGCUCAAGGUGCCAAAGGAGAUCGAGGUCUACAGGGACCAAAGGGAGAGCCUGGGUUACGUGGUGCUACAGGAUAUCCAGGACUCCCUGGGAUAAGUGGUCCAGUAGGAAUAUCUGGUAAACCUGGUGAAAGAGGUAUAGCGGGGACACCUGGAAUUAUAGGUCCUAAGGGGGACAAGGGAGACCCAGAUAACAGCCUGGCCAAAAGAAUUGAAUUAUUAGAAGAGAAAUUAAGAACAAUACUGUUCAAUCUUGAGGUUAUGGAAAAGAGAUAUGGCUUUGAACCUUGGUUCCCACUAAGAAAUUAAAGAAAAUGAAGAAAUAUGAAUCUGUUGCAGCUCCAAUGACUUGUCAAGAAUGCAGAUCCUGUAGUUAUAAUGUAAAAAAAUGUAUAGAUAAUUGUGCCUCUUAUAAUCCAGUAUUUGUCUGUACUAUGUCGUUAUGAUUUUUACAUUAAUAUAACAGAUAUUUUUUUAAAUAUUAUUUCAUUGAAUGAUGGUCUUACCUCAGAAUAAGUUAUUAUAUAUAAAAUUUGCAGAUGACAACUGCAAAACUAUAGUAGCCACAAAAUGCAGUACUGUAUGUAAUACUGCAAAAAAGGUAAUGCUCUGCAAUGAAACAGGCAAAGUUUGCAUUGUUAUAAUAUUAAACUGAUAUUAAGUCUCUUAAUUGCAUUAAAUGACCAACAUUUCAAAGCACUA